AUGUCCUUGCUCUUAGGCAGUUGGGAACCCGUAUACGACGACCUCUAUAAAGACUCGAUGGAUCCAGUUGAGAAGGACAUGCUCUUCAGGCAGAUGCUUCCUGGAAAUAGAGAUGUUCUAUUCUUGGGCACGGCAAAGGCUAACCAAGACAGUAUCGCUUUCAAACCCGAAGAACAGCACCUAAGAUAUUUCGCUGGUGGAAUGUUCCUACUCAGUGGGUGGCUGUUUUCGCGGCCAGACCACGAAUAUUUAGAGCGCAAAACUAACACAAGCGUGCAUUUACGUUUAUAA